GUUAAAACAUCAUCCGCUAUUUUCUGUGGUUAGUUUUCUGUUGCUGAGAGCUUUUGCGUUCUGUGAUUUAAAAAUUAGUAAUUAGUCAGAUUUACACAUUUAAAGGCUUUCAGUCAUGAGAAUGAGUGUGGCGACGAAGAUCUGUGCGCUGCUUUGUGUUUUUCUCCUUUAUGGCACUCCUCCUAUACUUCAAGCAGAGAAACACUCGCUGUAUUACAUUUACACAGCUUUGUCCAAACCUGUCAAUCUGCCGGGCGUCUAUGAAUUCACUGCUAUGGGUCUGCUAGAUGACACACAGAUCGACUAUUACAAUAGUAAAGAACAGAAGAAGAUUCCCAAACAGACCUGGAUGAAGGAGAAACUGCAGGAGGAUUACUGGGAAAAAGGAACCCAGUCGAGAAAGAGCAAAGAACAGUGGUUUGAUUUGAAUAUUGACAUUCUGAUGAAACGCAUGAGACACAGUGAAUCAGAUCUUCAUGUUCUUCAGUGGAGACAUGGUUGUGAAGUUGAGCAGCAGGGAAGUGAACUUUCGUUUUCCAAAGGCAUUAGUGAGUACGCCUAUGAUGGAGAGAAUUUUAUUUAUUUUGAUAUUAAAGAGUCUAUGUGGGUCACCUCAGUUGAUGAAGCUCUACCAACCAAGAGAAAAUGGGAUAGUGUACCGAUCCUAAACCAGUACACCAAAGGCUACCUGGAGAAAGAGUGUGUGGACUGGCUCAACAAAUUCAGAGAAUAUGCAGAUGAGGAGCUCAAACAGGGCUCUCCUCCAGAUGUUCAUGUUUUUGCAAGGAAAUCUACCAAAACCAAGUUGAAACUCACCUGUAUGGCCACCGGAUUCUACCCCGGAGACGUGAUGAUGACCAUUAGGAAAUAUGGCACAUCUCUGCCUGAAUAUGAGGUUGAAUCCACAGGAAUCAGACCAAACCAUGAUGGAUCCUACCAGAUGAGGAUGAGUGUGGAAAUCAACAAGAGUGAAGAAGCAGAAUAUGAUUGUUUUGUGUCCCACAAGAGUAUGAAAGAACCAAAUAUCACUGAAUGGAGACAACAGGAGACAACUACUGAAUCAUUGACUGCCAGUGAAUCAGCUUAUACUGAAGAACCUGUGCUUGACAAAGAAUCUGAUGGACGAGGGGAUGUUGGCAAAGCAUCAGACAGCAGUGCGACCAUGUUCAUAUUUUCUCUCUCUCUCAUAUUUCAUUUCAUCUUGAUAUUUUGAAGCUCUCAGUGCUCUUAAGGACACCUUACAGCAUCAUCAGCAAAUUGUUCAUUUAUUUUCUAAUACAUUAUAAUCAAUUUAGACUGCAAAGAGCAAUAAAAAAUGAUGUUAAAUUUUUACAGAGAUUCAAUGACAGCUUAAACUGAUGAUAACUAAUCUCACAUUUCAUUUAUAGGCCUAUACAUGGUUUAGUUCUUUUACCUUUGUAAGACAAACUGAGUAUUAUUAUUUCUUCCCACUGUCAGAAUACAAAUAACUAAUGAAUAACUAAUGUCUGCUACUCUUUAAUUAUUUAAAUGAUUGAAUUAGCCUAUAUUUGUAAACAUUUAAGAACAGCAAAUAAAACCAUCAUCUAACAAA